AGUCAAAUAAAGAAAGAAAUGCGACUCUCUCAUUGGACUAUAAUAUCGCGAGUAUUAUGAGAUUUUUGAUUUCUCGUACAUUAAUUGUCAAUUUUUUUGCGCUAUAACAUUUUCCUGCAACCCACUUUUCAGUGCACCCAAAUACACGAAAUAAAAGUAUCGGAAAUGGCAGGUAGGAUUUUUGCCUAAUCCCUCUACUACUUUACUAAGUAGCACAACGUAACUUUUGAUUUAUAGCUGAGAAAAUUAUACGUCUUAUUAUUCGCUGUUUUGCACUGAGUAUGAGCUGUCAAGUUUUUGAGAUGUAAACAAACUGAGGAUUGCGAUAAGGCCAGUAGUGGUACACGACGUUCGCAUAAACAAAAGAAGAUAACCUUGAGCAACACAUCUGCGGUAAAUAAUACCCAACAGCUGAGGUGGCAUGCACCGUUCAGUGCGUGGCUGUCUAGCUGAUCUUUUACUGCCGCAAGUGACAAUUCAGUUUUGUGGUGUAAAUGACAGUGCCCUGUCGUCGUUUCAUAGUUAAGCAACAUGUGAAACUCUUUUGUCAGUAUCAUUUUGUUUUUUUUCUUCGACACUAGAAUAACAUCAUGGGGACGAAUACGGGUACUAUUAUGACACUUGCCAAUAGUAUUAUUGGUGUCAGUGUUCUGGCUAUGCCGUUUUGUUUUAAGCAAUGUGGCAUUGCUUUGUCUAUUCUAAUGCUUAUUGCAAGCAGUUUGUUGUCCCGGCUAGCUUGCCACUUUUUGUUGAAAUCUGCUGUUAUGGCAAGAAGAAGAACUUUUGAAUUCCUUGCUUUUCAUACUUUUGGUCCUACUGGAAAAUUGGCAGUUGAACUUUUCAUAAUAGGCUUUCUAAUGGGAACAUGCAUUGCAUUUUUUGUUGUGAUGGGUGACUUAGGUCCUGCUAUUAUGGCUAAGAUUUUGGGUUUAUCAAAUACAGUAUCAUUAAGACCAAGUGUUCUCAUAGGCUUGGCUCUAUUUGUUGUUCUUCCUUUGGGAAUGCUGAGAAAUGUUGAUAGCUUGUCUAGUGUGUCAAUGGCCACAAUUGGCUUUUACAUUUGUCUAGUCUUGAAGGUAGUGGGAGAAUCAUUACCUCACCUAUUGGCUGGUGAUUGGUAUGAACAUGUCAAUUUUUGGAGGCCUGCAGGGAUAUUACAAUGCAUUCCAAUAUUUUCAAUGGCUCUGUUUUGCCAAACGCAGUUAUUCGAAAUUUAUGAAUCAAUGCAUAAUGCAUCCCUAGAUAGAAUGAACUUUGUUAUUCGUGCCGCAUGCAAUAUAUGUACAGGAGUCUACAUUUGUGUAGGAUUCUUUGGGUACAUUGCAUUUUGCACUCAACCAUUCACAGGCAAUGUCCUAAUGAGCUUUACACCUUCAAUUGUAAGUGAAAUGAUUAAACUUGGUUUUGUGCUGUCUGUAGCAGUGAGUUUCCCGCUUGUGAUUUUUCCGUGCAGAGCUAGUCUUUACUCACUGCUUUUCCGACGAAUCACAAUGCCGCAUCAUGAAGGUGUUGGAAGUCACAUCCCGGAAGCAAGAUUCAAAUGUCUUACAAUCUUUAUAAUUAGUGUGACUUUAGUGAUUGGGUUGCUGAUUCCAAAUAUUGAAUUGGUGCUUGGUUUAGUGGGCUCUACUAUUGGUGUUCUCAUUUGUGUAAUGUUUCCGGCGGCUGCUUUUAUCUGUAUGUCUACCAAAAGCAGCAAUGACAGAUUAAUGGCUCAAGUACUUUUGUUUGUAGGAGCUCUGAUUUUGGUGUUGGGUACUUAUGCCACUUUGAAUUCUGCUAAUGAAACAAAACCAUCAGAAAUUAUCAAUAAACCAGCUGCUGGUACAGUUGAGAAAUCGCCUCACUUUCAUGAUAAAAUUGAUAAUAGUUUGGCAGAUAUUCCUCCAAAAUUGGAACAAAGACCUCAAUCUGAUGUCAAGAAGUUUGGUGAAGAGCCGAAAAAAGUACCAGAGCUUGUAGUAGAGAUGAAAAUUCCAAAAGUAGAGCAGCCUGAAGACCCAAGAGCAGAUGUAAGCCAAGGGGGCAAACGACAGGAGCCCCCUGUCCCUGUGGAGCCUGCAGGGAUUAUGAAGGACCCCACUGUUGUCUCUCUUAUCAAAGAUGAGAAAACUGCAGUAAGGGGAGUGGAGAAAGAACAGGUCAAAGAGAAGAUCCAGAAGGUAGACCCUGAGAAGAAAGUGGCUAAUGCUGAAAUUGAGAAGAAGGAAAUAAAAUCUGUAGGUGAACAGGUUGAUCAAGAUGCUAUAAAAAAAGAAGAAGAUGAAUUGGCCGAAGCUGAGAAAAGAGAUGACAAUGCUGGUAAUAGCAAAAACGAAGAGAUUUUACGGAAAUUAGAAAAACAUGAAGCUCAACAAAUGAAAAUCCUUGAAGAACAAAAACAAAUUUUGCAAGCAUUACAGGAGCACCAAGAAAGAGAGCUUUUCAAGGAACAUCAAGAACAUUCUGCAAAAAAUUUGAACCAGACUAAAAUAGUAGAAAGACAUGAAGUUAAAAUAGAUGAUUUACGUAACCAAAAAAAUGAAGAAAACAAAGAGGUUAAGGAUCCGGUUAAAAACAGCUAUGAAAAGCCUGCCCAGAAUGCAAAGAAACAAGAUUUGCUUAAAAAAAUUGCAAACGGUGAGUUGAACAAACCCAUUGGGCCUGUUCCACCAGAAACUGUUGCAUCGGUGAAGACUUAUCAGCCACCUGAAAGGCAUAAUAAAACCAUUCCAUCAGAGAAAAAACCAUUUGUUGCAGAGGGUCCAGUGAUGAAAAUUCAAGAAUCAUUACAUGUUGCUGCCCCCGAUUUGGCAGUGAAACCUGAAGGGUCAGUUGCUCCAGUACAGCCCCUUUUACUGGAACGCCUGAAGGGCCAGCCUCUGCCUCUCACCUUACAUCACAAUGAAACUAAACCUUUCAUUUCACCAGACAGUGAUAAGAAACCACUUCAGUUAGAAAGUGGAGUAAAUGCAAUGCGGCGAGAGAUAUUGCAGGAAUCGGUUGUGGGCACACAGACAGACAGAUCUGUAAUACAAGCAGAUGUGAAAAAUGCAUCAGUAGUUUUGAGGGACAUUCUCAGUCCUCAAAUAAGAGAAGAGCUCCACGACCGGGAGAAGCGGGACAUAGAAAAAACUGAGCCAACAAACAUAAACACAGUUGUUGCUCCUAAUAAUGCAGGUAAACUCAAUAUAAGCAACGAAGGAACUCAGCCCCCACAGCAGGAAAAUUGUCACAUUACAGAAAAAAGUGUUAGCAGUGAAUUGAAACACAGGGAAAUGUACAAAAAACCUAAGAAAGAUGAUGAUGGCAGUGCUCCUGUCGUGGAACUUGUCAACGAUGUGCUUUCACCUUCAUUGCUGCCUGAGGUAGCCAACGCAGAUUCAAGUGUGAAUGUGCCACAGGUAGCCAUCAACUCUUCUCAGGUUGAAGAAACAGUAUUAGUCAGUGAGCCACCCGCAGUGGCAAACAGUAAUUACUCAGUAUCUCUAAAAUCUGUUUCAGUCCCAAACAUUGAAAAUGCAGUGAUAAAAAGUGUAACUCAUUUAUCCAAUCCUAAAGUGAAAUCCAAUGAAAAUAAUGAUGUAACUAUUCUGAGGCAAGGUGUUUCACCUGAUGCAAAGCCUAUGAAGAGAGAUCUGAAGUCAAUAUCUUUGGUAGAAGAUAAAGACACAACUCAGAAAAAAAAUAUCUAGAGUACCAAACAGCCAUUUUGUCCUGUUAUAGUCAAGCAAAAGUGAUACAUUUCAAUUUCAGAACAUUUGGUAAUUCCUUGUAAAUGAUGACAAAUCCUCCUUGCAUUUGAAUUGAACUGCCAUGAUAAUGCCAAGUAAUACCACAACGCAUAAAGGAAAUGUGUUAAGAAUUGAUCAUAGGGUAGUGUUUAAUUCUAUACCUGGUGAUUGAUUUAUCCCAAUAAGUUGGUUGUAAGUUCCUUCUUGGAGAAGCCAAACAGAUGGCUGUAAAACCUGUGAUUUUUUUUACCAUUUCCAAGUCCAAGUUAAGAUGUAUAUAUAAAAGAUAAUGAUCAGGCAUGCUCUCUUUAUGAGUGUAAUUUCUAAUUCCAAGGUAUGUGACAUUUAGGUUUAAUUUAUUAUAGACUGAAAAAAGGCAUGUAGAUUAAGGAAAUUUUAUAUUUAUAUAUACAUAUUAUUUCCUAAUAAAAUUUCGAUUUAUUUUGCAAAGCCAGCAAGGAAUUGUGAAUAGUGUAGGACAUGAAACAAGAUUGCUCUACAGAAGUUGGCAAGUAAAUGAUCUACCAACUAUGAAGUUUUGUCCUAAGGAUGCCAAUCUGCAAAAUUCCAGAUUAUACAUUUCCAACUACAAUGCAACUAUCAAUGUUAAUGAUGGACUAUGCCAAGGCUGGAAUUUUGUGCUGACAAUCCUUGGGACAUAUAUAACAGUAACUUGUUCAACAUCUCUCUUCAGUAUUAUAUAGUUGGUAUGAUUAUUUGUUUCCCCACAUCCAUAUUUUUGCAUAGAUGUAAGGAGAGCCAAAGCAUUUCUUAUAGGCACCCAAAU